AUGUCUGCUUCUAAAUUAAUGUAUUCUUCUCCAGGACCAAAAAAUUAGUCUGCAAUAUCAUUUGCAGGUGAUAGAGAUCGAGCUCUUUCACCUAGUAGGGCAAAGAUAUCUCAAUAUUUGAAAAGCUCUCAAAUCUCCAACAUUCAAUUGAUGAAGACUAGGCAGUAUUCAAUCUAUUCAUACUGAAUAGUUUAAAAAAGAAAUUUUUGAAUAAAAGCUUAAAGUUUUAGAAGAUAAAGCCACAAAGCAGCAAUAAGGAGAUGAAUCUAAAUUUAAGUUGUUAAAAGAAUAAUUAUAAAAAGUGGAGAAAGGAGCUUAAAAAAGAAGAUUAUUAGAGAGGUAAAAUGGAAUGUAAUUAUUCAUUAGAGUGGAGAUUAAAAAUUAAGAAAUAAAGAUUUGAAACUCUUGGAAACCAAUUAAGGAAAAGAACUAUAAUCAGAAAAAGUCAAUAGAAAAGAUUAUUAAUAAAAAAUAACUAAGACUACAGAUGAUAGGGUCUAUAGUCUGAGAGUGGAUAUAGCAAGAUAAAAAAAUAUAGAGAAGAAACAGAAGAAAAGAAUGCUGAAGAAAUUGGAGAUAGAAUUUUAUAAUUAUAGGAGGAAGUUGAAGAAGAAAGGAGAUUGAGGUAAUUGUUUAACUGUAUUGUAGGAAAGAGGGAAAUCAAUAGGUUAUCAAACGAUUGGGAGAUUCAAUACUGAAAUUGCAAGAAAUAUUAACAACAGAGAAAAACUAGAGAGAAGCAGCAUAGACUCAGAUGUUCAAAAUGCUAGAUGAAGUGAUUUCAUAUUUGAAUGGAGAAUUGAAUGCGGAAAAAAUGAAAGGGAAGCGACAGAGGAGAGCCUUAAAAAUCUUAUUGAUUAAACAUGCAAUUGAGUUGGAAAUUCAUUGA